AUGAACUUGGAAGAGAUCCAAGCGCUUUCAAAGGUAAGGCAAAAUAGGUCUGUUAUUAUUGAUGAUCAUAAGAAGAAAGGAAAUUAUUUCACCUUUUCAGCCAUGACGUAUACGAAAUAAUGGAGGAAUACGAGAUUGAGUUUUGUUCAGUUUCUACUUAGCGCUGUUCUUCAUUUUGUUGCCGCCUCUUUCCUCAGAACAUUUUGUGGCGAGAACUCAGCUCAGUUUUGCCAUCACUUCUGUGUAAUAGUCUGGUUUGUUCACCAUUCUCCAGUUGUUUGUCUUAAAUGUUUUUCUAUUUACUUUGUGAGCCUCCCUUUUCUUGACCCCUUUCUGAUGAAAGUGGCUCUGCAGCCGUCUUAAAUGGUCCCUGGCCGUCUUUUGUUUUACUUUCACAAGAACGUUUAAAUACAAAUGUCACCGGUGGAACAAAGAAUACACCAGCCCCAUUAUAUUGGAUUAUUGAAAGUUAUUUCUGUGCACAUAAAUCGUAUUUUGACUUUAAAUUGUCACUGAAAUAUACACGUCGAAGUGUUAGGAGAGACGUGCAAACAUUGAAGUGGCCGAGUUGUUAUUAGAACCUCUCUCGUAAGCUAUUUAAUGUAAACUAUUGUACCUACGAAUUGAAAAGGACUUCUGCUGUUGUAUAUAUUUCGUUUCGCAAUCGAAUCAAUACCACUUGUUGGUUUGACGAUUUCAGUCAUUCAAAUUUUGGGAUUUUUUUCUUUUGCGUACUAGGAAGAAAGAGCUGAAUUGUGCGUAAACAAAAUGUAAUUUAAGGAGAACAGUAGACAUUUAUGUUCUUGCGACAUUCAGGAUCACUUCAAGCAGCGACAGUUUUCUUGAACCAUUCAAUUCUAAACAUGGCUAAAUUUACUAGCAGACAAUGAUUGAGCAACUAACCCAAUCAUACAUCGUCAAUUUUGAGUCAUUAAACUCGUUAUCUCACAGAGAUUAUAGUUCAGUUUUGAGGACUUGAACUGUAACGAUUACUGAUUUUAUAUCUUCAAUCGAUCAGUGUUUUAAUCACAAUACUGAAUAGUUUCAAUUUAAGAGAUAGCACAACUACAGAAAAUGUUCCUAGGUGGUCUCAAACAGAUGAUGGCUUUUACGACUAACGGUUAAAAUUUGUCAAUUUUAAGGCUUAACGGCAAAAUGUUUUGGCCGUUUUGCGGCUGACGCUUAACCUUUCUGAAACCCUCUUUGUAUGAUGUAUUGUUAAUUUGUCGUAGGAUUUUCAACGUGUAUGAAAAAAUAAAUUACAAAAAAGAAACUCAAAGUUCCAUUUUCAUUGAAAUGUAUCUUAUAUUCCUUCGUCGUUCUUUGCAAUUUAGCAGGAAGUUUCGACACCACUUGAAGAGGUUUCCUCUUUGGGGUGCGGCCGCAAUUUGACCAAUCAGAGAUCGAGUUUUAAGUAGCCCUGAUUACCAUCGUAAGCAACCGAUCACGGCAGUUUCGCAAUAUUCAGUUGGAAGGAUAUCUCUUUAAUUUCCGAAAUCAGAUGAUUACGUUGAUCCUUUGUUUAACCGGAUAUAAAUUAUUUUCUAAUCAUUGACUAAACAAGACAGAGAACGAUUUUUUCCAUAUAAAUUUCCCCAUAUCUUAUUAGUUACGCACUAGCUCCGAUUUCCGGAACUAACUCAGUUGCAACAUUGCGCAACGACACCAUGCGACAGAAUUUCAUUGGACACUGCUUAGCACGAUUUUUCAGACUAAAGAAAAUCUAGUGAAGACGGUAACUAGUUGAAACAUUUGUGUCAGGAAGGUAUCUUAUAAUUACCCAACUUUAAACCCAAUUUUGUUGCUUAUAAACGAAUGAUGAUAAUGAAAAUGGUAGUGCUUGCUGGAAUAUUCACAUACCUUGUAUUUUACUUCUAUUAGAUGGACGGUCCGCCAUCACCAACAGGAUCUGAUACUUCUUCACAGUACCGGGGGCAUUUUACUGAAGAAGAUCUGCAGUAUGUUCUGUACGGAAGAAAUUCUGUGGAAGAGGUACACAUUUUAGAAACGAUGACUGAAGAAGACAUGGAAAGCUCAGGUAAAUUAUAGGUCGAUGAAGAUUUUAAAAUCAUACUGUAGAUUAAUUAUAUUAAACAAUUUUUGAUGAAUUAUUAAAUAAUAGGUCGAUGAAGAAGUAAAGCAUUAACUCUUACUAAACGAUUUCGAGGUCCACACAUGUAUGUAUAUGACCAGCCGCAAGUCCGUGUCGGUAGAGACCGAGUGCAACGAGGUCCGCACCGUCACGACGUUCACUUCACGAUUUUUCUAGUUCGUUGUGAAUACACGGAGUUUCUAACUACACAUUUUAAGGUCUUAGAACUAUUUAUCUGGUGGACCUUUAUCUUGAUUUGAUCGGGCAAAAAUCCUCCCCGGAGUCGCGCGGGAUCAACUGGGACAUUACCCGGUCCGAUUUUGGGAAAAUAUUGGCCCUUGCGGGACCAUAAAUAGAGCAAUCUAAUUGGUUGCUUUUAGCUAUUGGCACUCGAACCUUCUCAGUCGCGUAGCAACAUAAGUUACUGACCGAGUUUUUCCCUUCGGCAAAUGAAUCAAGCGCUGGCAUAAGUCGUACAGCGAAACUAAACAAAGGAGGAUCCGUAGCUUACAGUGUAGACUAGUAGGUGAAGGUUAAUAAGAUAUUUAUUUUCUGUUCUGUGCGUCUCCAAAACGGUUCAGCAAAAACGCGAUUUGCACUUCCAGUGAAAAAGUGGCGAUGCAAUAACUAUAAAUUCUGCUAACAAGAACACCUUUAAUUUUUGAGGGUCGAACAAAUUAAACUGAGAGACAACGGUUUAUUUCUUUCCAUCGUGGUGAAAAGAAUAAAAAUUUGACACUGAAUCCCACCAAAUAUUAUGUUCUAACAUUACACAACAUUUCAGUUGCGUCCAUGGUAUGGUGGCAGACUUUGUUUAACUGUCAGAGUAUUAGGCUUUUGACAGACUAAUUCGGAAUACUGAUAAAGAAAAUAACUUAACAGGAAUUUACAAUGAAUUAGCUCCUAAUAAAAAUUAGUUUAUUUCACUGACACUCAUUAUUAUCCAAAAGAACAACAAUCCAAGGUCCCAAAAACAACGCCAGAUGGAAGAUGGAUUGAUGUAGCCAUGAAAACAGGUCAAAAGAAGUCUGCAAGGAAUGCAAAACUAAGCUACGCUGUGGCCUCGUUCCCGGAUGAAGUGAAACUUUGCCUGUCUGGAAUCCCAGGGGAGGGUUACGGAGUUUGCGCAAAGCAGCAUAUUCCCGUGGGAACAUGGAUUGGUCCAUAUGAAGGAAAGUACCUUUCAACUGAUAUCGUUACCCCGGAUAUAGACACGUCAUACAUGUGGGAGGUAUGUGCGCGUGCAGACCAUAGGUUUAUCACUUUUAAAUUAAUACACCAACUUUUAAUCUUUGAAAUGUCACAAUCUCGAAAUCAGGCACUGUUACACCGUUACACUGUUUUGCCUGAAUCGCCGCAAGUUCACAGUAUCUCACUGACAAAUCAUGCGUCAGGUUUUCUACGCCUUAUUACUAAGUUCGGCUCCUUUGAAAGACUCAACCCCUUUCCUUCUGUAAAGCUCAAGACAAAUAAAUCAUAACUCGAAAGCUGAGCAAAUAAAAUUCACAACCCUUUUUUUUUCUUUUUCUCUGUUUAAGUUUGUCAUUUCUUUUGCUGAUCCAAUAGCACUAAGGUCAGCUCCAACAAAAAUACCUUAUUCUCUCAUGCCGCAGGUCUACGAGAACGAGAAACUGGCCUUUUUUUUAGACGGUAGUGAUAUGGAUACUUCGAGCUGGAUGCGCUUUAUUCGUUGCGCUCGUCACAAAGAGGAGCAAAAUAUGUUUGCAUUUCAGCACAACAAGAGUAUCUUUUAUCGCGCUUUCCGUGAAAUACCAAGUGGUACAGAGUUAUUGGUUUGGUAUGAUGAUAACUAUUACUUGCAGCACAUGGGGAUACCUGUCGGUAACUGGACGAAGGAUAUUUCACAACACUUUCCAGGUGAAAUAUUUCUUAAAAACCAGUUAAACAAAAUUAUUAUAUGCCUCAAAAACGUUAUGUUUCUGAUGCCAUAUUUAGCAAAUAUUAAGAGAUUGCUCUUCAAACGGACCCAAAUUAAGGAGUAAAUUAACUCACAUUAGCUAAAUUUUUAUUCAACGACGAAUUUCGAAAAACGUUACCUUUCAAUCCUUGAGUUCAGAAAAUACACAUGCAUAAAUGAAGAUAUUUUACACAUGACUGUUUUGAAUCAGAUGCUAUGUCAGCAAUUAAUUAUAUAAUUUAUUUUCAUCGUUUUCAAAUGAAACCCCAUUUUCUUCUCUAGAUUUCAAAGGAAAAGCAUCAAGCACGAAGCAUGCUGACAGCGUCACUAUUUCAAGUGCGCAACUACAGACGGAACAAGAAACCUCUCCUGAUGAUGUCAAUCACGAAGCUGACCAUCAAGCAAGGAGCAGCAAGCCUAAUGUUAACUAUAGCCCCCCUUCUUGUAAGCGGGUGGUGGACAAAUCAUUCCUUCAAGAAACAGAACGACCUCUCAAGCGGCCUCGAAGGCAACAAGAAUCAAGCAAUAGUAUGUCACCUGCAGAAAACAACUCGAUAACCACCACAGGAAUUCAGCUGACUACUGGAUACCGCAAGAUAUACGAGAAAGUUUUGGAGAACUUCAGGGAGUGUGAUGAUUUCAAAUGUGGUCAGUGUAAAAUGUCCUUCACUCAGCGUUCCCUUCUGAACAAUCAUCUUUGUUCGCGCAUGUCUUGUAAGCCCUACCGAUGUGGCCAUUGUCAUGAAUCUUUUGCUCAACCAAAAGAGCUGCGUAUGCACGCAGUUGUUCACGUGAGCGAGAAGCCCUUCAAAUGCGGGUACUGCCUGCGAUCGUUUAGUGGAGCGACCACCUUGAAUAAUCACAUGCGCACGCAUACUGGAGAGAAGCCAUUUUCGUGUGAACGGUGUGGGAAGUCAUUUUCACAAGCUUCCCAGCUUAGUCGACAUCGUAGGAUUUGCGUAAAUUAA